AAGGUAUGAGUCUAACUAAAUAUGUAUGCCUCGCUGCUAAAUAUGGUUUCGUGUUUCAAGCAUCUCAUUGUUAUAUUACUUGCAGAGAAACUUGGAACUCACCCACAUGAACGACGGAACAUGGUCUAACACAGAGUCCUAGAAAGUUUGUAACAAAGCACGUCAAGAGGUUCAAAACAAAGAAACUGAAACUGAAGGUCCACUUUCAAGUGAGCAGAAAAACAAUAUUUUCCAGACCGCAUACAAAGAGACUCUGAAAUGCAAGUCAUCGCAGCCUUGUGGGUACGGAUACAUGGCCAAACCUUCAACUGGUUCUCAAAGGUUCCGUAUCCAGGUUGAAGAGCAAGCUCGUGCUACAGCAGCCACUCAGCAGCAAAACUCUGAGCUCAGCCAGCAGGUCAACGAAUUACAAGAUCAACUACAAGCUGAACGUGCAAACACACAAGAGAGGAUUAACUUGGAGUGUACUGAGAGAGAACAACUUGAGGAGAGGUUAAAAGAAGAGCAUGCUGAAAGGGAAAGAUUGUUGGAAGAGGAGCGAACAUCAAGACCGGAAUUUGAAAAAAACAUGAUGACAAAGUUUGUAGCAUUGAGCCAACAGAUGGGAACCCAACAGAGAUCUAGUCCUAAUAAGACUCCAGUUCAAGGCCAAUUAUUAUUUCUUCAAAUGCGCUCAUACAAGCUGCAACAAGGAAUUCUCGAAUGUUUAAAGCAAUGGAUCCAAAGAACUAGCUGGCCUGGACUCUAGAUCAUGG